GGUCCAUGGGAAGAAUUGCAAUAACAAGCUCUAUUCUCUGAAACCAUGCCAGAGAUGACAGAGAAUGAGACACCUACUAAGAAGCAACAUCGAAAGAAAAACCGGGAGACACAUAAUGCAGUGGAGAGACAUCGAAAGAAGAAGAUUAAUGCUGGGAUAAACAGAAUUGGAGAACUCAUUCCCUGCUCACCAGCACUUAAGCAGAGCAAGAACAUGAUCUUGGAUCAGGCCUUUAAGUAUAUAACAGAAAUGAAAAGACAGAAUGAUGAACUUCUGUUAAAUGGAGGGAACAAUGAACAGGCUGAAGAGAUAAAAAAACUCCGGAAACAGUUGGAUGAACUGCAAAAGGAAAAUGUGAGAUACAUUGAACUACUGAAAGCAAACGAUAUUUGCCUGUACGAUGACCCGACAAUCCACUGGAAGGGAAAUCUCAAAAAUGCAAAGGUCUCAGUUGUUAUUCCCGGUGAUCAGGUUCAAAAGAACAUUAUUGUCUAUUCAAACGGGAGUCAACCCAACGGAAAUAACCAGGGAGCAUCUGUCCAGGGAAUAACGUUUAAUGUUGGUCAUAAUUUACAAAAGCAAACAGCCAAUGUUGUGCCAGUCCAGAGAACUUGCAACCUAGUGACUCCUGUGACAAUUUCUGGUAUUUACCCCACAGAAAACAAGCCAUGGUCACAAACUACAGUGUCUCCGCUGGCAUCAGCUCAGACAGCUCCAGCAGGGAACGUUCUUGAGCUCUCCACCCUGGAAAAUGAGCGAGGCGUGCUUGCCACUUCUCCUGCCAGCUUGCAGAGCGUACCUCGAUCCGGCACAGAACAGGAACUACAGUGUUCUUCAAGUAACGCACCACAGAAUGAUCAAAAUCUCCCCAAAAGUAAAAAUGAGGAGGAGGGCACUAAAUCAACAAAGAAAACACUCCUGCAGGGAAUCAGUCUUCCUUCCAGUGCCUCCACAGAAGCCUCCCAAGUUCAACAAGCGAAUGCAACCUGCUCAAAUACACACAGUUCUAGGAGUGACCUUCAGGAAAGCUGUGUCAUUUCAACCACAGACACAGCUUGUGUGCCCUCCGUGAGACUGUCUACUGCGGAAGGUUUUUCCUCUGUGAAUGUCCUCAAAAGUACAGACUUAGUAAGUAGUGCUGGAAUGCCUGUGACUUCUGCAGCAGAAGGAGUUAAGGCCACGACAGCAAUAAGCACUCUGCCUGCCAGUCCCCUAGAGAACUGCUGGUCUUUUUCAGGCUCUUCAGGUGUUGGUGCUUCAGACUUGAAAAACAUGAGUAGCCUUACACGGAUGCCUUCAGCUGGAAACACACAGACCACGUGGACCACUCUGCAGCUAGCGGGAAAUACUGUCCAGCCACUAAGCCAAACACCAUCCAGUAUCAUGACUGCACUAUUAAACGAGCCAGUUAAUGGUGCUGGGGCUGUACCUUCUGCUCACAGCAGGCCUUUGACUACAAGUAUCAGUUUGAAUGCUUCUCUGCCUGGGGAUGGCCAGGCAGCUGAACAGAUUGUAGUUACCUUGCCCUCAUGCCCACCCUUACCUAUGCAGCCGUUAAUCAGCCAGCCACAGGUUAAAACUCAGGCUGCAGGAAAUAUCCUUCCAUUAAAUUCAGCUAUGCAGGUGAUCCAGAUGGCUCAGCCAGUCGCGGCUGCUGUUACAGGAGCGCCAGCAAACCAGAAUGUCAUCAUUCUCCAGCCUCCAAACCCCGCUCCGUGCCCUCCGAUUGUGAGAGCGGAAGUACCCAGCCAAAAUGUUAGUCAGCAAAUUGUAAUUAUACAAGCUGCUAAUCAGAAUCCUCUUCCCCUCCUCUCCGCUCAGCCUUCUGCUUCUGUAAGAGUUCCUGUGAACGGGCCCACUGCAAUCGCGAACUCUAGCAGCUCCAUACAAAACGCCUCCCUUCCACAGACUUUUGGCGGGAAGCACCUUGUCCAUAUAUUACCAAGACCAUCUUCUUUGCCAUCUUCUAGCUCUACUCAAACGUUUUCAGUUACAGUGUCCAGUCAACAGCAUCCUCAAACUAUCUCAUUAAAUGGGCAGCUUUUUGCAUUGCAGCCUGUGAUGUCUUCAUCUGGAGCUUCAAACCAAGCCCCUAUGCAAAUUAUUCAACCCACCACCAGCGAAGAUCCAAAUACCAAUGUUGCCCUCAAUACAUUUGGUGCUUUAGCUAACCUCAAUCAAAGCAUAUCGCAAAUGGCUGGACAGAGCUGCUUGCACUUGUCUCUCAGCCACCCUACCAAUCCCACAACUGUCAAUAACCAGAUUGCCACAGUUAACUGUGUGUCAUUACCAACUUCUGUGGCAUCUUCAGUACCUGCGGAGGUUUCGGUAUUAACUAGUGCAUCUACUUCAAUAAACGCUUCCCCAAAAAAAGUGGCUGCUGGCUUGCCAUCCAGUGCAAAGUCAAAAAGGACAAACAAAAAGCCAAGUACAAAGAAACACCAAGCAGUCAACAGUAAAGUGUCAAGCCCAGCAGGUCCUUGCAAAGACGCAGGGAAGGUGGAUUGUGCUCCUGUGGAAACAGUGGCAAAGCAUUCAAACAGUGAGGGGCUGCUUGAAAACGCUCCAGCGGUAUCAGUCUCGCAAGCUUUAACGACGUCACAGGCAAGUAGUGUUGUAGCAUCAAGUGGCAUCAGCGCUUCUGAAUGUCCUUCCAAAGAGACUGCAAACUCUGAACAGGCAGCCAAAACCUGCUCUGUCCCUGAGCCAAGCGCAGCGGAGGCGCCUGCUUCCUCACCACUGGCAUCCGCUGUGUCCGAGCCGCUAGCCCUCGUCCCGCCGCCUGCCAAAGAUGCUGCCCCUCGCCAGCAGGCCCAUGGGUCUCAGAUCCGUCCUCCACCAACGGGCUCUGCCUCCUCAGAGUCUCCCAAACCCUGUGAACCCCCCAGCACCUUAACGUCCUCUCGUAGCAAAGCACAUGCAACACAUUCUCAGGUGGCUGGGACGUCAGCAGCACAGAGCAGCACAGUGGGUCAUACUUCCAAGGCAGGAACAAUUUCACAGCCCUGCAACGUCGCGCAGGAUUCCUCAGUGGUAAUGCAAGACGCAGACUUGUUAGAAGGACAGGGUCUAACCAAAAUGCUGUCUGAUCUCACGAAAGAAAGAACAGCUGUGGAAAAACCCUCUUCAUUUACUGUUCAGGGAGAACGUUCUGAUUUUCCCACGGAAAACUCUAAAUCAGCAGAACCAAAUGUUGAUUUGCCUGAGAAGCAGGACCUCUUGCUAAUGAACACAGAAGGUGAUCCUCUCCCCCAGAAUCACUCCUGCAUUUCUGACCAGGAAGUAGUCAAUGCUUCCCUUAUGGCUAGCAGGCAGGCAGACUCCCCCAUGUCAACCAGCUCUGGCAGCAGUCGGGGCUUCUCCGUUGCGUCUAUGUUGCCAGAUACCACCAGAGAAGACAUCACUAGCAGCACCUCAACCGGUACGUGUAACAGCUGCACGUUUUCAGAACAGACUGACAUUGUAGCUCUUGCAGCAAGAGCUAUUUUUGACCAGGAAAACCUUGAGAAAGGUGGUGGAGGAAUACAGGUGAACAUGAGGGAUGCCAUCUCUAAGUCAACUGAGGUUGCACCUUUGGAGAGAGAGCAACAGCCUUUUAAACCUCAACCAGUGAAAGAAAACAACGCAGGGCCAUUGGAAGCGGCACCGAGCAAAUUCAGUGCUCAAGAUACAGUACAGACAAACGUUGAUAGGCAGGUUGAAAAGCCAAGCUGCUCUGUGGGAGGCGUGGUAACAUCAAACACUUCUUUGCAGAUUUCCACUUCCCAGUCGGCAAGCAUAACCAGUUUAAGCGUGAAUAAUCUGAUACACCAGAGUCGCAUUGUCCAUCCCCUUGUGAGUUGCUCCAGUUUAUCCCAGUCUUCAGAGCCAGCAAGCGUCCCUGCAACUGUGAGCCUCUCUCUGCCAUCUAGCACAUACAUCAAUCAGUCUCCAGGGCCUGCCAUGAUGAGUGACUACGCUCAAGAACAGCUGAAUGCCAUUCGGGCAAGCACCAUGCAGGCUCCCCAGCUGCAGGAACCACACUUAAAGCAGCAAAAUCACGAAGGUCGCAAAGACUCCGCCAAGCGAGCUGUUCAGGACGACCUCCUGCUUUCUACAGCAAAGAGGCAGAAGCAGUGCCAGACAACACCCAUAAGGCUCGAAGGGAUGGCGUUGAUGAACCGGACACCAGAGAGCAUUGCUGAGCAAACACAGAUGCUCGUCGGUCAGAUUCCUCCUAACUCAUCCAAUUCAGUGGCAUCAGUGAGCAAUCAAGCACACACUGAUGGCCUUAAUAGGUUAUUCCCACCCAACAGCAACUUUGUAACGCCAGCUUUGAGACAAACUGACGUCCAGUGUGGUUCUCAGCCCUCAAUUUCCGAGCAGCAAGGCCAGGCAGGGCAGCACUUGCAGCCGAUUCAACAUGUUCCUGCUCAAGGCAUAUCUCACCUUCACAGUAAUCAUCCAUACUUAAAGCAGCAGCAGCAGGCCAGUCAGUUAAGAGAAAGGCACCACUUGUAUCAGCUGCAGCACCAUGUCACGCACGGGGAAAACUCGGUCCACUCUCAACCCCACAGUGUCCACCAGCAGCGAACAAUACAGCAGGAGGUGCAGCUGCAAAAGAAACGAAAUCUCAUCCAGGGAACACAAGCCACACAACUUUCUCUACAGCAAAAACACCACGGGAGUGAUCAAACACGGCAAAAAGGUGGUCAGCCUCAUCCACACCACCAGCAAAUGCAGCAGCAGAUGCAGCAGCACUUUGGAGCUUCCCAGCCUGAAAAGAACUGUGAAAAUCCUGCAACAAGCAGAAACCAUCAUAGCCACCCUCAGAGCCAUAUAAAUCAGGAUAUUAUGCAUCAACAGCAACAAGAUGUUAGCAGCAGACAGCAAGGUUCAGCUUCUGAACAUGUGUCAGGGCACAAUCAGAUGCAAAGACUGAUGACCUCGAGGGGCUUAGAGCAGCAAAUGGUGUCCCAGGCAAGUAUCGUAACCAGACCAUCAGACAUGACGUGCACCCCUCACAGGCAGGAAAGAAAUAGAGUUUCCAGCUACUCUGCCGAAGCACUGAUUGGGAAGACGCCCUCCAAUUCAGAACAGAGAAUAGGAAUAUCUCUUCAAGGCCCUAGGGUUUCUGACCAGCUUGAAAUGAGGAGCUAUCUUGAUGUUUCUAGAAAUAAAGGGUUGGUGAUUCAUAAUAUGCAGGGCCGCUUAUCUGUUGACCAUACAGUUGGCUCAGAUGUGCAGCGGCUUUCUGAUUGUCAGACAUUUAAACCAGCUGGACCCAGUCAACAACCAGCGGGCAAUUUCGAUGUACAGGCUUCAAGAAACAGCGAAAUCGGUAAUUCAGUGUCAUCCCUCAGGGGAAUGCAGUCGCAAGCAUUUCGAAUUGGUCAAAAUACUGGGCCAUCCCUAGAGAGACAGAAGAGAUUGCCCUACCAGCCAGUGCAGGGUAUUCCAACAGGAAAUGCCCUGCCAUCGAGGGAAAAUGAAAACACGUGCCACCAAAGUUUUAUGCAGAGUUUACUUGCCCCUCACCUUGGAGAUCAGGUGAGUGGAAGCCAAAGAUCCAUCCCAGAACAUCAAAGGAACACACAGUGCGGCGCCUCCUCCACAAUCGAGUACAACUGUCCCCCAGCACGAGAGAGUGUCCACAUCCGAAGAGAUGGUGAUGGCCCAAGUAGGGAGAGCUGUGACAUGUCUAUUGGUGCAAUUAACACAAGGAACAGUUCUUUGAAUAUUCCUUUUUCGAGUUCCUCUUCCUCGGGAGACAUCCAGGGUCGCAAUACAAGCCCGAACAUCUCUGUGCAGAAGUCCAAUCCCAUGAGGAUGACGGACAGUCAUGGAACAAAGAGCCACAUGAAUACGCCUGUUUCUAGCAACAUGCAUGGGGUUGUGAGGCCAACUCACCCUCACCCUGCAGUGUCUCACGGAAACAGCGACCAAGGGCAACCUUCUGUUCGUCAGCCAAAUUCUUCAGUUACUCAGCGGUCGAGGCAUCCUCUGCAAGAUAAUGGAGGUUCUAAAAUACGUCAGCCCGAAAGGAAUCGAUCUGGAAAUCAAAGGCAUGGAAACGUCUUCGACCCUAGUCUUCCCCACCUUCCCCUGUCCACCAGUGGCAGUAUGAUCCUUGGGCGCCAGCAGUCUGCGAUAGAGAAAAGAGGAAGCAUUGUCCGAUUUAUGUCUGAUGGCCCUCAAGUGUCUAACGAUAACACGGCCCCUGACCAACAUACCCUUUCUCAGAAUUUUGGAUUCCCUUUUAUUCCGGAGGGUGGCAUGAAUCCACCGAUAAAUGCCAACGCCUCUUUCAUCCCACCGGUCACUCAGCCCAGUGCCACUCGAACACCGGCUCUAAUCCCAGUUGAUCCUCAGAAUACGCUGCCGUCCUUCUACCCGCCUUACUCGCCUGCCCACCCUACCCUUUCCAACGACAUCUCCAUCCCAUACUUUCCCAAUCAAAUGUUUCCUAACCCAAGCACGGAGAAGCCGAGUAGUGGAAGUUUAAACAAUCGAUUUGGAUCCAUUUUGUCUCCUCCUAGGCCUGUUGGUUUUGCUCAGCCAAGUUUUCCUUUGCUUCCAGAUAUGCCGCCGAUGCACAUGACCAACACAUCGCACUUAUCCAAUUUUAACUUAACGUCUUUGUUUCCAGAAAUAGCCACAGCUCUUCCUCCAGAUGGUUCAGCAAUGUCGCCUUUGCUUUCCAUUGCAAACACAUCUGCUUCAGAUUCUUCCAAGCAGUCCUCAAACCGACCUGCCCACAAUAUAAGCCAUAUUCUAGGUCACGACUGCAGCUCAGCUGUAUGAAAACUGAUAGACUGACUUCUCAUCUGAUGCAUUGUUUAUAUAUUUAAGAAGAAGAAAGUGGAUCUUGCUGGGCAUCCCUGAAGAGACCAUUCAUAGCAUCACUGUUUAUUUGCCUAAAUGUAUGUAUAUGGGUACUUUUUGUAUUUAUAUACACACUGUAUUUCCAUCCACCUUACUAACUUUAAAGCACCAGUGCCUAUAGCAAUGCUUACUUACUUGUAAACAGUAAGGAUGCAACAUUGAGAGCUGUGCAAAUAUUGGUUGUUGAUUUUCCAACAAUCAAGUUUGAUGUCUGAUUGUUCCAGGGUAAGGGCCACCCUUAGUAAUACGUGGAUGUAAAGAAAGGAGUGAGAGCAUCCGUAUGGGAGACAGGAAACAAAUGCUACAGGUUUCAUUUUGUUUCUGAUGUGUUUACCUGAAACUACAGACGAACUUGAAGUGGCUUGGGUUUCUCUUUUUCCUUUGUAAAAUAUCUUCAGGAGCCUCAACACAAGUCAAGUCUGUGUUAAUCCAGCGUUAAUUGAUAAAGGCAUCUGUUGUGCAGCUUUUGUCUGUUUGAAGCUUGUCACAUGCACUUGAAUUAAGGCUGACUUUACCUGGCAAAAAAUUACUGUGUUUCCGUGGUCAGCAAUUAAAAACACUGGUUUCGAAAAUUCAGAUUUCUUUAAGCCAUGACUUUCUGUUUCUAAGAAGAGUUUUGUUUGGAUCUGUUUUAACAGUUACUCCUGAACUUGGUCAGUGUUUUAAUGUAGCUUACGACUCCUUCUGGUGUAGUCAGCAGAGACAGCAGGCAUAUUUGUUGCCAUUUCAUUGUUCAUAUGCUGCAAGUUGCCUCAGGAUGGGUUUUGUACCUUGUUUAGCACCUUCUUAAUGUCCUUCCCCCCCCCCCCCCGCCCAUGCUCAAACACCAGCUUUCUGGUUUCUGUGAGUGACAGCCCUUUGUUGUACCAGGCCAGCACGUGGGAGGAGAAUGGAGCCUGUGUCAUCCUGCAAAAUGAGCAGGGAUCCCUGGGGGUGCAGCUCUUGCUUAACACGGCUGACCGUAUCGGCCUGAGUUAAUAUCAGUAUUCUGCACUCGAAUGCACCUUUUGUCUAAAUGCAUGUGAUUGUGGCUGAAGGAGGAACGUGAAUGUGUCAGGACUGGAACACAUACCAGGAAGGAGUCGUCAUGAUGGAAGGGGGGGUGCGUUUCUGUGUGCGUGAGAGAUAGUGCGAAUGUGUGUGUCCUGGCUGAGUCUCCAGUAAUUUCCCAAAUUUCAGUCCCAUUUCUUUCAAAGGAAAGGGGAGAACUGGGUAAGUUUUAUUUAUUUAAUGGAUCUGCAGCCUGCUUUUUCUUCAGACAAGGCAGAAAUAUAUGUCUUUUCUUCUUAUGUGCUUGGAAAUACCAUUCUGGUUUUGAUUCUUCAAAUAACAAAUUAACUUCAGGUUUCCCUUGUCCUCCUUCUACCAGCCAGGGAGUGACAAAAACUGCUCCGAGGCCUCUUCUGCUGCUUCUGGGACCUGUCACAGGUUCUUUGCCAAUGUCUCUGUUAGCAGGGGGCUAGGGGGGAACAGGCUCCCUGGGAUUUUUUUAGGGAUUGUUUUUUUCUUUGAGAAGUAAAAAGGAAGAUAAACCCUCCAUCUCCAAGAAUGGGAUCCACAGAGAGGGACCUGAAAGUUUUUUCAUUUUUGCUAAGUCCUUUUACACUAAUCCAGAAAGGUAAAGAAGCUUUGGCAAAAAAAAAAAAAAAAAAUUGGACUGUGUCUGUAGUUCAUGCUGACAGCGUUUCCACUCUUGGAACCUGGGGUCUGACGUUUUUCUGCAAAGUGAAGUACAAUGGUUCUGAUUCAAACUGACACUUUUUAAUUCAGAUGGAGAUUAUUUUAGGAAACUAAGUGGUGCAUCAGUUCUCUGUGCUUAUUAAAAAUAAUAGAUUGAAUAUUUAUUUCACUUCAAAACAAGGCAGCUUGUCCGAGUUUGACUGUGAAAUGGGCUGCCAAAGUGUAGUUACCAACCAAAUGGCAGCAACUGGCCUGUGCAGAGCAGGAGAGUUAGGAAUGACGGUCAGGCCGCGACUCUGACCAGCACUGCAGGCCUGGCUGUUCUCUGAUGAAAGAGACACCAGAUCAGACUGAUUUCCCUAACUCAGUAGAUCCCAAAGGAGCUACUGCCUCAGGUGAUGAAAUGAGUGCCCUAACGAUGAGCAUUUCCAUGGGUUCUGGAUGACAUAAGACAGGGGUGUUGAAGCAGCAGCUACGCUGUGCAUUACAUAUUCAUCUGGACCUUGAGGAGGGAAGCAAAACAGCCCUUCUCACUCUUUAAAUGGAAUUGUGUGUGCAAUGGUGUAUUUGGCUUUCAAGACCAAGCAGUGAAAAAUUAAGCCCUGUCUUCCAGGACUUUAGAUACUAAUCCUGCUCGUCAUUCAAGGCAUUCACCUAGUGAAACUAAAGCCUGUUUCUUUUGCUACACUACUUCAUGGUGUCUUUGAAAACUGGAGUGAGGUUGUAAACUUACACAGAGCAGCUGCAAGAGCUGAAUGUUCACAGGUUGAUGGGGCCAGAUGGGAUUCAGCCAGAGUACUGAAGGAGCUGGCAGGUGUUAUGGCAGGAUCCCUCUCAACCAUCCUGACAGUCUGGGGAGGUCACUGCUGACUGGAAGGAAUAAUGUGGGAAUAACAAGGGUGUGAGGGAAGACCCAGGGAACUACAGGCCUGCUAGUCCAACCUCAGUUCGUGGAAAGACUGUGGAGAAGAUUAUACUGGGUGCUAUUGGAAGGCAUUUCAUCAAUCAUCGGGCGCAGUCAACAUGGGUUCACAAAGGGGAAGUCCUGUUGAACUAAUCUGAUAUCCUUCUAUGAUAAGGUCCCAAGAAAGGCAGUGGAUGAAGUUUUUCUGGAUUUUAGUAAGGCUUUUGAUACAGUCCCUCAUAACAUACUUCCUGACAAGUUGUCCAGCUGUGGGGUGAGUGGGUUCAUGGUGCGCUGGGUGAGGAACUGGCAGAAGGGCAGAGCCCAGAGGGUUGUAGUGAAUGGGGCCACAUCUGGCUGGCAACCGGUCACCAGGUGUGUUCCUCAGGGCCAGUUCUGUUCCGUAUAAUUCCCAGUGAUCUGGAGGCAGGAGCUGAAUGCACUGUUGGCCAGUUUGCUGAUGAUGCUAUAUCUGAUAUUGACGCUUUUGAGGGACAAGAUGCCUUGCAGAGGGCUCUAGAUAGAUUGGAGCACUGGGCUGUGGUUAAUGGGAUGAAUUUCACAAGAACAAAUGCCGGAUUGGGCACGUGGGAGGAGUAACGCCGGGCACAAGUGUAAACUGGGAGAGGAGUGGCUGGAGAGCAGCCCUGCAGAAAGGGGUCUGGGGGUGUGGGCCGGCAGCAGGCUCAGUGUGGGUCAGCAGCCUGCCCUGGCAGCCCAGAGGGCAACCCGCAUCCCGGGGGCAUCAAACACGGCACGGCCAGCCGGGCAAAAGAGGCGACUGUCCCGCUGUACUCGCCGUCGGCCUCUCCUGCGGUGCUGGGUGCAGCGCUGGGCCCCACAACUGAAGAAGGAUGUGAAGGUCCUCGAACGCGUCCAGAGGAGGGCAACCAAGCUGGUGUAAGGGCUGGAAGGAAUGUCCUGUGAGGAGUGGCGGAGGGCUUUGGACUUGUCUAGUGUGGAGAGCAGGAGGCUGAGGGGCGACCUCAUUGCUCUCUGCAGCUUCCUGGGGAGAGGUGGAGAGGGAGGUGCUGAGCUCUUCUCCCUGGGAUCCAGCGACAGGACACGUGGGAAUGGCUCAAAGCUGCACCAGGGGAGGUUUAGACUGGACAUUAGGCAGCAUUUCUUUACGCAGAGGGUGGUCAGAGACUGGAGCAGGCUUCCUGGAGAGGUGGUCGAUGCCCCAAGCCUGUCAGUGUUUGAGAGGCAUUUGUACAAUGCCUUCAAUGAUAUGCUUUAACUUGGUCAGCCCUGAAGUGGUCAGGCAGUUGGACUAGAUGAUCAUUGUAGAUCCCUUCCAAUUGAAAUAGUCUAUUCUACUCCUAUUCAUUUAUUUUUUUCAUAUUAAUUUCACUGAUGUUAUAUUGAGGUUAAAUGCAAUCCUGAGUGUUCACAAAAGAGUAUGUCAGUUGUGAUUUUAGGUGUGUGUUUGUUGGGUUUUUUUUAAUGUUGUACAGCAUUUUCUGAAGAGACGGUAGCUGUGUCAGUAUCUUUCAUGUACCCCCUUUUCUGUUUACGGAGAUGAUCAAAACUAGCAACUGGUUUCACAGGGUACCUGUAACACAGGUAAUCACAACACAGGCAUAUUAGUGAUACAGAGACUGCUGCAAUUUUGUAGGAGCUGCACAGUUUUUGUGGUGUGUGACUCAAAAGUGAUUACCAUGCGACCCAAGUCUUCUCUAGAAGAAGAUUGUACCUGGCAUUCUUGUGACAGGGCUUUUGUUGUCCUUCUCAGGACAUUUUCUGAAACCUGCCGCAACCAGAAUGGAGAAAUAUAAUUUCAUUACUCUCCUUGAACGUGGCAAUUUUUGUUGGAAGUUCAACCACAUACCACUGCGAAUCUUUUUAUGUGCCAUAAAUGAUCCUGUGGCAUUGGUGUGGGAUCAGGAAGACUGCUAUGAAAAGAAAGGGAGGCAGACCUAUCUGCGAGAGCUUCAUAGACAUGUAUUUGUCCAACUGCUAUUAUUUACUCCCGAAUUCCAUCAUUUACACUGCUGGCUUUUAGAUCAAUUUAAUUACAGAAAAAAAUGGCUCUAUUGUGCAGUCUUUGGUCUAAAUGACUGUCCAAGAUGGUGUUUGAAUGCUGAAUCUGGCCAAGAUUUAAGAGCAGCUUGUGGGUUUGCCACAGAUUUCAGCUUCUCACAUGUCUGUGCUCAUAUGCCUUUAGGAAGAACAGUGAAUGGACCAGGUAUUUCACAUUAAAGAAAGGAAAUCAGAUGUUAAGUAAUUUUUUUUUAGUUUCUAAUUACAAAAUUGUUUUGGUUUUCCUCUUCACUGCAAACUAAUCACCCCUGCUGCUCCACACUGACCAGGCUUCUUGUGUUUAGUUUUGUAGGUCAGUUUGUGCCACUGACAGGUCAGUGUCUCAGCUUCCGACCGCUGGCCCUUCCCAGGGCUUUGGGCUCUGCUGUCAGGAUCAGGCGCAACUGCAACAUCUUUGCCACUGAGUGGAAACUAUUCUUUCUUCUUUUAAUUUUUCUCCCCCCUACCAUUGAAGCUGUGUGUCUAGCUAUCAGGUCAGUGGUAAGGAAGGCUCACUUUUAUCUCCAUCUGUGCUUGGGGCAGGGUGGGGGGAGUUUGAAAAAGGAGCUUCUGUAAGUUUUGCAGAUUAAAUCAUUCUGUUUCACUUGUUAUAAUUUGACAAGCGAAUACAUUUUCUUCAGCAAACAUCUAUGACACCAACAAUUUAACUUUUUCUCCCAAGAAUUACCUGUCAAUUAAGAGUUCUUUUGUUUCUCAAGCUAUAUUUGGAAAAGAUUUUGUGGUGUUAAUUGCAAUUUGUUAGCCCCAAAAUGGCAUUUUCUCUUCCAUAAUAACUUUUUGAAGUUUACUUACAUUCAGCAGAGGUUGGUUUGGCUUUGAAGAAAGGAAAAAUACCCAGUACUGCUUAAUUUAACAAAAUAAACAGCAGAAAGGAAAGGUUCAGCACUACCUCUUGGGUGGGACUGCCACAGCUGACAGAUGUUGGAUGGCUGUGGCUUUCAGCUUGGCCUAAAUGACCUCAACAAAUAGCAAAUGGUGUCAGGCUGGAGUGCAUGUGUGUCAGUGUAGUCCUUGAUUAAUCCCUUAAGAAGCUGAGGAGAAUAAGAGCAGAGUCAGACUAAAUUGAAAGCAGGCAACAGAACAGUAAUGUAUUAACAUUUACGUACCUUUUCAUUGAGGGAAGGGACCUCCUUUAAGAACAGCUAAAGGAAAUGGAGAACUGAGCUGACUUGAGCCCAUGGCUGAACCUUACUGGCACAUGUUUUCUAGCUCCCACUCCCAGCUGCAGUCACUACACUGCUGCCCAGGUGGAAAAGCACCACUUUGAAAAAAAAAAAAAACAAAUCAAAAUGCUAUACUAGCACAGAGCCUCCUGAAUUUUGCACAGAUUCCCUACUGCACUUUAAAGGCCACGCUGCUGCUGCUGUGGUGGUGACUGUAAGUGCUGUUGCAGGAAAAUCAUGUGGCGGGGCGAGCGCAGAGGGUAUGGCUGGAGAAAAGAGGUCAUUUCAUUAUUUCUUAUCUCCUGUUGUCACCUUAUUCAGUGGUACUUGUGCAGCCCUCACUCAAGGACUUGGUCACAAACUCACACUGUUUCUGGAUGACUGAGUGUGGUCAGCUGUGCUAAGAGCUAUGAUCUUUUGCUGUUCCCCAGGUUCAUGCUCAUCACUUUAACAACGAUCUCCCUUUGACUGGAAAGGCAGAGUAGCAUUGUAUCUACUUAUAGCAAAUUGGUCAAAUUUGUGUUGUUUUCUGAUCCAGUGAUGCAAGGAGCUCCAUUCUUUACCAUCACCUAACCCAAGUUAUCUGCUGCUGCUGUUUCCUUCUCCUGCUGCCACUCAUCCCACACAGGUGGACAGGAGUGCCAGUGCAGAUGCAGGUUUGCGUGUGAGGGUGUUUCUAACCUAUCACCUCCACACUCCUUCGAGUACCUCUAAAACCUCAGAGCACCAACACUUUAUUCCCACUAGUUACACUAAGAUCCAGUUACUUUGCCAACCAAUGAAAGAUUUAGCAGAGGUUUUUGGUCAUGACAAUACAAAACCAUCUUCUCUCUGCAAACAAGCCCUGCACAGUUACACAGAAGCCAUUUAUUAUUUGCUGAUACCCAUUUUUAUGAGAAUUUUUUUUUAAAAAAAAAAAAAAGGGCAUUUCUUUCUGCCUCACCAAAAGUAUUUUUA